GAUGCCAUCCACCGUGGACGAAGUUGUGCAGAACUUGCUUCGUGAAGCAGAUUCACCGGCUAGCGCUAUCCUUGUCGCCGGAGAAACAUCUGCAGGAAAGAGUUCUCUCAUCAACCUUCUCCUUGGAGAGGAAGUUCUCCCGACCUCCUUCAUAAGUAAUACGUCGGUAAUCUGCGAGAUCAAAUACGACACCCAGAAGAGAGCGGACGUCUACAGAUUCGGUUCAGAUACACCUGACGUCACUUUUCCCCUGGAAAAGACAAAGUCCGUGGAACAACUGAAGCCAUACCUGACCCAAACUGACAGCAGCCGUGAUGUGGAGGUCUUCGAAUAUGAGAGAGUUGAAAUAUUUUGGCCAUUGGAUCUACUAAAGCACUCCGUAUUCUUGGUGGAUAGUCCAGGUGUUGGGGAAAACCAGAGAAUGACCAACCUCGUUAAAAGCUACAUACCCAAAGCAUCCGCCUUCAUCUAUGUUAUUAACAGUAUGAACGCAGGAGGAGUACAGGAGGGAAGGUUGAAAAAACUACUAGAAACUGCUGUGAAAAACUCACAUAAGGGUGCUCAGGAUCGAAGUGUGUUUGAUCCAGCGUCUAGCAUAUUUGUGUUAAAUCGAUGGGACCAGGUCGACGCAGACAACAAAAAAGCUGUUUUUGAUGACACACUUAAAAAGCUGAAGAACAUCAGCACAAAGUUUCAUGAAGGUCAAUUAUUUCCUAUGGCCACAACUCAAGCCUACAGCGCAUUACAACAGGACGUCGUAAAUCCGGACUAUGCAGCAUUGCUUCAUGGCAUAGAACUUCUGAUCCCCAGGACCCAGAGGGUUAAACAGGAGACCAUAUACAGGAGAGCGACGUACCUUCUGCAACGCUCAUCUUUCCAUCUGCAUUCCACAAUACGCCAGAAAAGAAACUCCAUGAGUCAGGACGAACGCUUAAGAGACUUUCUGUCACAGCAGCUGCAGAUUCUGGAGCGCCAACACGGGAAAGAGGUAGACGAGAUCAAUGCCGCCGUUAUUAAGGCAAGUGAAGACGCGGCAAGAGAAAUACUAGGUCUUCUUAAAAAUGGAAGCAUACGAGAGGCCAUUCUGCGCUUUGAAGGUGAAGACUUUCCCGACUGCAAAUCAGGCAGCCAGUGGUCAGCAUUCUACAAAGCAGCAAAAGAAGCCACAAAUAGGAAAAUAAACACUGAGGUAGACAAAUGGCUGACACAGAAACAUUACUUUGAAAAUAUCCGCAAUCAACUUUGGGAGGAUAUCGCUAGCAAAUACCAAUUAUUAGAACACCAACAAAACUUGAUAGAAGCCCAGAUAGCUUAUAAUUAUGGAGAGUCGGAGGAGGUUGGCGGAGGAGAUAACACCACUGCGUUGCAAAUCAACGAAAGCAUAGGACCAAAUAUACGGAUCAAUAAAACCCAGAAGGUUCUCGUGGCAGCUACUGCACCUCUGUGGAUCCCUGUUGGUCUCGUGGCGUCCGUGUUUCUUAUCCCUGCAGUGUCAGCAUAUGCCAUUAAGGACAAAGUAAGCUCCGUCAGGUACAAUAAAGAUAAAUCAAAAGCAAUGCAUUCUAUUGCUGAAAAACAGAUUGCCAAGUGCUGUGAAAAGGAGAACCAUUUGGCAAAGAAAAUUGAAGAAAUGUUGAGAUCCCAGCUGAAGCCAUUGUUUGAGUCUUAUAACAUGAUCAAACAGAUUGUCCAGGUUGACGUGGAGCUGUUGAAUGAGCAAGCACUGUUUCACAGCGAAGAAACUGCUCGAAUCUACGACUGUUGCAAGGAAAAUAGGCGCAUUACAUCUAGAUUUGACAUUCUGUACAUUGCGGCAAUACGGGACUACUGUAUCGCAUACACAGACAUCUGCUGGGGGGAGAGGGUCGCGAGCGGGAUGUUUGGAGAUGUGCGCAAGGCGACACACGAGCAAGAAGAUGUUGCUGUGAAGGAGAUGAAGUGUUCAUUUUCGGCCUUCGAUUACACUGAUAGCGACUCCAGGAGAGCCAGUGAUUUCUUGAAUGAAGAAGAAGCAUUAAGGUAA